AUGGCAGUGGAAAAGAAUGAUCAUGAUGACGGAAUGAUCAUGGCAGUGGAAAAGAAUGAUCAUGACGACGGAAUGAUCAUGGCAGUGGAAAAGAAUGAUCAUGACGACGGAAUGAUCAUGGCAGUGGAAAAGAAUGAUCAUGACGACGGAAUGAUCAUGGCAGUCGAAAAGAAUGAUCAUGACGACGGAAUGAUCAUGACGACGGAUUCGAGCAAAAGCACUGAUGCAUGA